CUACAGUAUAUGUUUCUGUUCACAAAACGGCCCCUCAGCUAUAGGAAAACAACGGGACAUCAUCCACACAAAGACAGCUGCAAACAUCAGCUGGUGCCAUGGAGACUGACGUUUGUAUCAGGCAGGGGAGGGGGCAGCUCCGGGGUCCCGAUAGUCUGGAGCGGGAGAUGGCGUGCCGGUCCAGAAGGACGGGGAGCAGCAUGGACGUUCAGAAUUUUCAUGGGAAGGAAUCAAUGUAAGUGUUGUGACCUCAUUCCCUCAUCUACUACUUUUCCUCCUAUAUUUAUAUGUUUCUGUUUAACUCACCCUGACCUCUUUCACCCUCCCCCUUUCUUCCACCUGGGCCUUUAUAGUCGAUCUCUUCCAGGUUUAGUGUUGGCACAAUCAGAAAUGGUGCAGGGUAAAAAAAAAGUUGGAUUUGCAGAUUUUGUAUUAACCCAACAUCUCCAUCACUUCUCUCCACUCACCCUUCCUGUAACACACACCGUCUCGACGUCUUUGUGUGCCCCGUCACACUUCCCAUACUAUCCUUUUUCUCCACGCUUUUUUCCCCCCUCCUCCAUUCCUCUCUCUUCUCCCCCCUCUAGCUGUCUAUGGAAGACACCACGUCAAUCCUGCCUCGGCUCAAGAGGAACUCAAAUGCGUAUGGCAUCGGGGCUCUGGCUAAUGCUUCUCUGUCAGGUGUGUCAGGUGUGAGCCGCACCAUGAAGGAGCGAGUCACGAAGCCCACCGGCAUGGCGCAGGGUCGUGUCGCUCACAUGAUCGAGUGGCAGAACUGGGGCAUGUCGACGGUGGGAGCAGGAGGCGUGCCGAUGCCCCGCAUCAGCACCGAGGAACGGGAGAAGGAGCGGCGGCUGGAGAACGAUGCCUACAGCGACCUGAGUGACGGAGAGAAGGAGGCGCGCUUCACUGCAGGGAUCCUGCAGCAGUUCGCCAUCUCGGAGGCGACGCUCAUGGCCUGGACCUCGAUGGACGGCGAGAGCCCGCGGUCGGGGUCAAACAUGGGCAGUGUGGCUCAUCUGAGCGAGUUCAACCAGGAGAGCAUCACCAGUCGAGAUCAGAUGUUGCACCACUCCUCAGCAGAGGUGUGGCCCCACACAUACGUCUCCCAGGGCCACUACUGCCUCUCCUCCUCCGACGCCUGGGAGCCCAUCAACAACGAGUCCUCCGGCGUGGUGUCCUCUCCGGCCGGCUCCUACGUCCUGGGGACUGAAGGGUACGACGGGCAGGCGGCGGCUUGCUUCCUGUCACAGCAGCAGCAGCAGCAGCUGACUCUCCAGCAGCAGAACCAGCUGCAGCAGCUGCAACAGAUCCAGCAGAUCCAGCACUACCAGCAGCAGCAGCUGCUGCAGUACCAGCAGCAACAGUCUCUGGAGCACCGGCUGCACAGCGCCAACCACUCUUUGCAAGCCACGCCCAACAGCACCAUCCACAGCCUGGUGCACCCGGCCCGCCCCCCGCUGGUGGACCUGUGGAACACGAUGGAGGCUUACCCCACGGAGGCCGGGGGAUACAUGGGGGUGGCGGCGGUGGUGGAGCCCAGCCUGUGUGUCCCGUCUGCAGAGGACAUGGGGACGGAGCACUCCCCCCUACUGGAGCAGCAGGAGGAGGAGGAGGAGGUCAAGGAGGAUGAGAUGGCGAUGUGCAUGGAGCCGGAGCUGGCCUCGUUGACUCCACCCAGGCAUCAAGGGGAUGCCUCCGGUGGCAGUAGUCCGGGGCAACCGCCCGCAGAGCCAAUCACGGAGCGGAAGUCCUCGGAUGUCACCUCCAGCCUCGUUCAGACGCUCGAGAAGGAGGAGGAGGAGGCGCACAGCCCCGCAGCCGCCCUGACAACCAACUGAACAGACUCUUACUACAAACUGACCCGGAGUCAGCGUGUAAUUGAGCGUCAUAAUACAAUAUAUAUCUAUUAAUCUGUUCCUUUCAGGUAUCAAAAACACGACUUUGAGAUGAACUCUUCGGAAAUGGUGAGAAACAGUUUUAACGGAGGUGGACUCACACCGAGACGAGCUGAUGCAACAAAGGACACCUGUUUCUUUUUAAGCCUUACAUCCCAAAGGUAAACGAAGACGAGGAAGAAGAGGAGGACUGAUUGGACAUUCCCAACCGGAUAAUAAAACAAUGAAGAGGAGGGCAAAUAAAAACAUGCAUGCUUUUUAUGAGGACAAGCAACUCGACCCUGUCAUCGUCUUAUAAGAAUAAUGAAAAUCUAUCAUAAUAGGACAUUAAAAUAAGAAUCAUUUUGUAAUAAAGCAACAAAAAAAGGAACAAAUCUAUGUAUAAGUGUAUGAUAAGAUAUAACGGUUUUCCCACGGGAGAGCUACUCUGUUUACAGCUGGUACUCAAACAUAUUAGUGUUUAAUCAAAUUCAUUUCCAUCCAACACGCGCAGUAUACUUUCAGCAAUCCAAACAGUGUCACGUGUUAGGCUCAGCGUUUCAGUGAAAUGCAUAUUAACCCUGUUAGAGUAAGAUUUGGUGGCCGAGGCACAACCCCAGGGACAGGCCUGUCCUGCACACACUAACCUGCACAGAAAGGAUUGUACUGUAAGACAGUGUGCUUCCUGCUGACUCUGUAUGCAUGCUUCUUCAGAGCACUAUGGAGUCCCUGUACUAUACAGCACCGUAUAGACGCUGCACUGAACCAUAGUAUCGCAGGUGGAGUCGAGAAAGAGCUGCAUAAUCUCUUUUGCACUGAUGCAAUCCAACAGAUCAGAGGCUGCCUUUUGGACUGUUGGCGGUACCCAACCAAAACCGAGCCACUUAACAACACGAACCCUCAGCUGCUUUUUUGUUUUUUGUGUUUUCCUUCAUAGAUGAAUCGAGGAUGAUAACCACUAUUUGAAUGUACUGGAAGGCAGAGGGCAGUACAUGAGUUCUUCUUUUCGCCGUCCACAUGGAGAGUCUUAAGAAGCAAAGAUAGACAACAUGUUUUUAAAACAAGUGUGGGGGGGAGCUGCUGACCAUGGAUUCACUGCUGGCUCCACCACACACUCACACACACACACACACACACACACACACACACACA